UCUCUUAAAAUCUACAAGAGGCUUAUUUUUUACUGUAAAACUGUGUCUUUUUGUUCAGGAAAGUGUAUAUUGUUUAUGUUUUGCUCUUUAAAUGCUUAUUUUCAUACUACUUUUUGAAGUGAACUUUCUGUAAUGAUGCUUGUGAGUUAACUCAUGGUUAUGCAGAUUAAUCUGAAGUAUAACUUCCAUAUACCGUCCGUAGGGAUAGAAACAUGCGUCUCCCUGUGUUACAUUUAGUUCUGAUUACUGCCCUUUUCCCCUGUUUGUCCUCUGUCUGAGUUGUUUUUGAAGAUCUAAAUUUCAGGGACCUUAGAUCUAUCUUCUCAACAUUGCCAAUUCAGCUUAGAUCUUCAUCGAGUAGCCACAACAUCCCUAGUAUCUCAGUAAUUUAUUUUUGUCCCACUUAUUGCUAUUGCCAACAAUCCUUUAAUCAUGUUCAUGAUCAGUAUUCCACUUCAAAGAAAUCCCCUUCUCUACGAACUCAAUGAUCAUUGUUUAAAUUACUUCUGUUGUUCCGCCGAUUGCAGUCACAUUUGGAUUUCAAUGAAGCCCAAGUCAAUGCUUUUCUUUGUGAUGUUGUGACUGAUGAUCUCUGUGACGUAAUGAUGCCUUCUUCUAUUGAUGUCGUUACCUUGCCAGAUGGUCACAUUCUUUUGCGAGAUUAUGCAAUGCGAGAUUAUGCAAUAGGAGAUUAUGCUCAAGUAGAGUUGGAUAAGAGGAAUCAGAUGAUUAGUGAGAAAUAUUCGAGGAGAUGGUACUAGCGCUUUUUACUUCUCUGAAGAAUUUUUGUCAACCUUGUUUGGAGGUGCUGGCAUCACCAUUGUAGAUAUGGUUAUAUACAGCAGACAGAUUCAGAAUCGUUCUCAGAACAUAACCAUGUCUCGGCGAUGGAUACGAGCUGCAUUCAGCCAAUUUGCUUGUGUUGUUCAUCAAUGAAAUUUUUGGUGCUUUGACGGACCAGAAAGCAUAAAUAUUUCGAUAUGGAGAGAGAAGACAUGGGGAGAAGGCUCUAUCAAGCUUGUUUGAGUGGGAGUGUCCCAGCAUUAGACGCCUUGAUUGAAGAAGAUCAACUCAUUCUCGACCGAGUUAGCUCGCUAACAUGCUUCUCCGAUGACACCCCCUUGCACGUAGCAGCAUUGCGCGGUCAUUUGGACUUCACGAAAGCCCUUCUAGCUCGGAAACCAAAACUUGCUACUGAGUUAGACUCGCUACGGUGUUCGCCCCUCCACUUAGCUUCCGCUGAGGGCCACGUUGAGAUUGUACGAGAGUUGUUACGGGUGAACACCGACGUCUGCAUUGCUCGUGAUCAGGAUGGUAGAAUCCCUCUCCACUUGGCAGUCAUGAAAGGGCGAGUUGAGGUCAUAUUAGAACUACUUCGAGCUGAACCGGAGUCGAUUCAUGAGAAACUAAGCAGAGGGGAGACUGUUCUGCACUUAUGUGUCAAAUAUAACAGGCAAGAGGCCUUCAAGACACUGGUGCAAUAUUUGCACAGCAACCACAUGGAGUUUCUCCUCAAUGCUGGAGACGAUAAUGGCAACACCAUCUUGCAUCUUGCUGCAGCUCUCAAACAAAAGGAUAACAUAGAAUACUUGUUGGGAAUAAAGAGUGUCAAAGACCACACCAACGUCAAGAACAAGAAUGGUUCUACAGCUUUGGAUGUUAUAGAGCAUUGUCCUAACAGAGACCUAAAAACCAUGGAAAUUCGAGAGUUUCUUUUACAAAUUGGUGUUCGGAGAUCCGUUUGCAGUGAGCCGGAGCCCAAUGCUGAAUCACCUCCCAAUAAUCCUCAUCCUCAACGUUGUUGUAAUUGGUUUUGGAAUAAGUAUAUCAAGGUCGACAACGAAUGGCUCCAAGAGGUACGCGGCCAUUUAAUAACGGCAGCCACCCUAACUGCAACGAUGGCUUAUCAAUCUAUUUUAAGUCCGCCUGGUGGUUUAUGGCAAGAAACAAAGAGAUGCCAAAACGCCGCUUCGCUCGCCCUUCCUCCUUCCUCAGGCUAUUCAGAUCUUAUUUCGGAUGACCACAUAUGCAUUGCGGGACAAGCCAUUAUGGACAACGAUGGCACUUUAUAUACUACAUACAUGGUUAGUAACACCGUAAUGUUAAUAGCAUCAUUGGGCACUAUCAUGCUGGCCAUGACUGGAUUCCCGUCGACGCUCAACAAGCAUUUAACAUGGCUGAUGGUGAUCACUGUGUUCAUCACAAUUUACUGUAUGGCUGUGUCUUAUCAGUCGGCAAUGGCUUUAGUAUCCCCCAACAUAUGGUCCAAAUUUUACUUUUUGAUUAUAAUUUCUGUUUUGGGGAUUCUAUGCGUAUUUUUUUUGGUGCUUCAGUCAUGCCGCUUCUUGGUAUGGCAGUGGAAGAAGUUGGUAAAACUUGUUAAAGCAUGUUAUCAUUGUUGCGGACCAACUCCAAGAGCUGCCCACAAUAUUACUACUCAUGAUCAGGUUAAUCCAGCAGCUGGCAGCCAUAAGUGCAUAGGAAACUUCUGCUAGCUAGUCUUUGGACUACUUUGGGCUUCUAUUCCAAGUCGAGGGUUUGUGCUUGUGUAUGAGACACUUUAUAUUAACCACUUGUUUGUGUACGUGGCUUUCACCGAAAAAGAAAAAGUUUGUAUCUUGUCAUUUUAUUUUAUUUUUGUACUUCGGAAUAUUGUAUCUUAUCAUUUGCUAUCAUAUGAGAAAUGAUUCAAUAAUACUUUCGGACCAUCUUUGAGUACUA